CUAGAUCAGUACUUAAACGGGCUGAUGCAACUGCUCCACUCAGAACCAGAGCCUGCACCCGACCCGUCCCCACUAUUACUGCACGUUUUUGGACGCACAACAGCGUCCAAACACAGUUGCAUCAUUGACAGACGACGACUGACAAGUUUUCUCUGACAGCGGUGGUGGCCGGGUCGGACAUGAUGCCGGGACAGAUACCUGACCCUUCGCUGGCGGCGGGCUCCCUGCCCUGCCUGGGCGCGCUGGCGGGCAUCUCGGCCACCACGCUCACCGAUCAACUCAAGCUGGCUGACUUCCGCCAGCUGGGCACCAUGCUGUCCCCGCUGCAUUUCCUGGGGAGGCUAGGGAAGAGGCCGCUGGCUAUCAAGACAGAGAUGGACGAAGAUGAUGAUAGGAGGAAACGGAGACGAGAGAAAAACAAGGUAGCAGCAGCACGAUGCCGGAACAAAAAGAAGGAACGGACCGACUUCCUUCAAAGGGAAUCAGAGCGUCUGGAGAUGGUGAACUCCGACCUGAAGGCCCAGAUCGAGGAGCUCCGUAUGGAGAGGCAGCAGCUAAUGGUGAUGCUCAAUCUCCACCGGCCCACCUGCAUCGUGCGGACCGACAGCGUCAAGACACCCGAGAGCGAGACCAACCCCCUGUUGGAGCAGCUGUCCGCCGACGCAAAGUGAAAACCACGAAAAACCAGGGACGCAGAGUCCCUGCCGCCCCAAAACAAGCAACAAGUGCCAGCCAUUUAAAUGAAACAUAACUGGCAAAACAUUUUCUAAACAAAGCACUUGAGCUCCGAGCCGAAGACUUUUUGGAGACUCUGCCCAAAGACCUGAGGUUGUAGGGCUUCCUUAGUACUGCUACAUGAGCUGGCUCUGUCCAUUGGAAGACUGGAAAUACCCAGUUUCAUCUCCGCAUUAAGUGUUGUCGUUGACACCCGGUGUGCCUAGUUGUUACUUCAACCAUCUCUACAUUAAAAAAAGGGACCAAUGGAAACAGUAGAGUACGACUGGAAACAACGCUGAGGAAAACACACUAAUAUCAAUAUGGUGCUCUGUUACAAAAGCCCUGAAUAGAUUGUGUGGCAUUGUUUCAAUGCAGAGGCUUAGUGGUCUGCAGCUUUUUUUUUGUAUGCUAGCCAAAAUAUACAGGUGUAGAGUUAUUAGGAUACAAUACUCAAUACAAGUACACCAGAUGGAGUCGAGUUUUUUUUUUUCUUUUUUUGUACUGUUGAUUUCUAUACUCUGCCCCGACGAUGGCAGUAACCGGUUGAUCCGAUUUGUGGUGACGCUGGCGUCAUGAAAAGCACAUAUACACAAAAUGUUUACACCCGUGUUUUUUGGACUUUGUUGUCUGUCCAUUAUUGUACUUGUUUUAUACUGCUUUGUAUACAUAAACAUAUAUGAAAUGCUUGUUGAUCACUUGAUGUGAUUUGUCUUUUCGAUCUUUUUCCAGUCUGUGUCUGUCAUGUUUUGCUGUCAAACAGCUGUGAACACAAGCAGAAAUCAGAUGAGCAGUAUUCCAGCGUCUGUUCUGGACCUGUUUGCUAUGUAUGACUCUG